CUGCUGCCAAGUCUUCCAGACGUUGUGCGCAGGCACGAGGCCUGUGCUCAUGUUGGGAGUCCAGUGAUGGCGGAGGAGAAGCGAGUGGAGCUACGAGAGAAGGAAGUCGAGGAGGAGGAGGAGGAAGAGGAUGAUGAUGAGGAGCUUGAUGAGUCCCUCUCUGAAAGACUGUGGGGUUUGACAGAGAUGUUCCCUGAGGGAAUGCGAAAUGCGUCAGGAAUCGCUGCCGACUGCUCGGUGUCACUGGCAAAGAAAAUCUACAGUUUCGCCCGGUCAGCCCUUUGGGUGGGAACCACUUCCUUCAUGAUCCUGGUUCUGCCGGUUGUGUUCGAAACAGAGAAACUCCAACUGGAGCAGCAACAAAUCCAGCAACAGAGACAGAUUCUGUUAGGCCCAAAUACGGGUCUCUCUGGUGGAAUGCCAGGAAUGCUGCCACCGCCAGUUCCUGGGAAAAUAUAAUGCAUUGGAUGCCCUGAGAAGAAAUUGCCGAUUGUAAUGGGAAGGGAUUGAUAUACCUUUGGGGUGGGUGGGAGAUUUGAUGUUACGAACUGAUGCUGUAUCAGCUGCUCAUGGCCAGCAAGAUAUGAAUUCAUCCUCAGCGUUCACCUCUAGAGCAUUUGGACGUCCUGACAGACUAAGUCUCAUCGGCAAACAUUGUCAGCUCAGAAUUGGAGGGUGGCAAGAAUCGGAAUUCUAAUCUGCUGGAACAUUCGUUGUUUUGGGGGAACAUUGGGGGGAGGGGUGGGUUCAGUCUGAUAGGUUCUCAGAACCAUUUUUCUAAUGAACUGCGAAGUAUCUCAAUUGCAGCCAGCAUUUAUGUGAGUCACUCUAUUGGUAACCAGCUGUGGGAGUUGGAGUUUUAGACGGAUUGGCAGGUCAAGUUUGUCGCAAUAUGGUGGAGGUGUGGGGGAGCCAGUGCAUUACAGUGGAAGGGUAUGAGUGACCCCUCUGUCCCAGUGCACUACAGUGGAAGGGUAUGAGUGACCCCUCUGUCCCAGUGCAGUACAGGGGAGGGGUGUGAGGGACUGCCCUGUCCCAGUGCAGUACAGGGGAGGGGUGUGAGGGACUGCCCUGUGCUCUUGUUCUUGGUAGCACCCUGUUUUUUGACUUCAGGAACAAAGCAAACCUAGAAUCUGAUUUUGUGUCCCCUCCGGUGAUUAAGUUGUGGCAGUGAUUUGUGAAUACAGGGAGGAUCCUAAGUUGUUUCUGACACUGGCUGUGGCUUGGGACGAGGGUGGCACAGGUGGUGGCAAGUGUCCUCAAAGCCAAUGACUUGCUGCAACAAAGGGACGUGCCAGGUUCCUCCUGCCUGGUACCUACGUCCAGGCCUGGGUGGCCCAGAGGCUGCUUGGCAAACUUGGUUCCCUUUGGGUCUUAGCGUGACAGAUGAGGUGGAGACCUGGCCGUCUGAACACUGAAAUCUGCAGGAUUUGGAAACCCAGGCAGCUCCAGUUGAAUUUACCUGAGGCUGGACUGGUCUGACACUAAGGUUCCCUUAUGCAAACCUCACACUGAGAUGGAAUCAAUUUGAAUAUGCCACCUGUAGGAAUAUGGAAAAUGCUGUGUGACUUGAAGUUGGGGUUUAAUAAAUGCUUGAUACUGGA